UAUUGUAUCGAAAACGGAGCACUCUCUAAGGAUUACCAGGUUAUUUUCCGUCUGAGAACUUCUGUUUUCUCACCUGAAGAUGGCAAUAAAAGGAGCAUCAGUGGUGCAUAUGGUCGCUUUAUGCAUCUGCAUAACAGCGUUCGUGAUGAACUUCGUGUGUGUUUUUAUUCCUAACUGGAUGCACGGAUUAGUUGUGGGUCGUGAUGUCUACUUUGGGGUGUGGCAAUUUUGCGAAGUACAACUGGGCAUAGGCAACAGAUACGCCUGCAAGUCUUUGUUGAAUAUAUCUGUGGGGGUGCUCUUCAGUUCAGACUGGAUCCAAGCUGUACAAGCCAUGAUGGCGAUGGGGGUGAUCACGUCUCUGGUAGGCGUCAUUCUGCAUUUGCUGUACAUCACCAAGGCCACCUGCAAAACCAGACCGGUGGCUAUCUGCGGGUGUGCGGCAAACCUAGCCACAGGUGUUUUUAGCCUGAUUGGGAUUAGUAUCUAUGCUGCGGAAAUGAAACAGGGUCACAACUUUUACGGAUACCAAUGGUACUCACCUGCGUUUUACUUCGAGUGGGUAGCCAUCUUAUUUUAUGUGAUUGGAGUCAUUUUGGAUAUCAUAUGCCUAAGAAAGAGAGAGAGUCCUGCCUAGAUAUUUGCUACAGAGAUUACUGCCUCGAGCCACCAUGUUCUAUUGCUACCAGGCUACGACCAACGUUGCCGCGGGUUUCGACAUCAUUCCAAGCAACGCCAUGUUUCAUGCAGAGUGGGUACUGUGAAGUCAUCCUGGUUUCCCGGGCUUUGCGACAGCAAAUGCUAAUAAAAUGAAAAAUAGAUAACAGCAUGGAAAGUAAACUGAGAGAUUAUGACAAUGUGUUAGUUGGCAAACGGUCACUCGUAACAGGUGAAAUUCGGCCUCUUAUCAAUUUACCUCAGUUUGAGUUUUAUUCUAACUACUGACGUACAUUGUUAGAUAGUCGACAUUAUACAGCCCCUAGCACCAUGGAUUAACUAGACUGCGGAAAAAAUACAGUAAUGUUAAAAUGAAUUUCAAUAGAUGUCACUGCUCUAGAACUAGGGAAAUUGUGUGCAUUUAUGAUUUGCUAAGUUUAUAGUGAGCUCAUACCGGCUUCCUCUCCGGUCAUAUGUGGGAACGUCUGACAAGAACCUACGGAUGUACCGUAGACCUAUGUUUAGGCUGUAGCAUUUACUGUUAUGACGGAGUCUUGUCUGCUCGUCUGUGGAAUGAAAAGUUUCAACACAAAAAGUUCCCCCUUGGAAAGCAAAACCUCUAUCACUGCAAUUCAUCUCCUUCCAUCUAUCUGUCCUGGUAAUGUUGCUCACCUACACUUCGGGGCUUGAUAGAUAAGACUCUAAGGAUUUACACGUUUCUCCGACGUCGAUGACCUUCUCGGCGACGUAAUUUGGUUUCCGUGCUUUCAUUUCCUUUCCUGUGCUUUAUAUUCGGUACGAGAAUGAAGAAAGCCAUCUAUGGGUGAAUUGAGAGUGAUAUAUGAGAGCAGGGAAUAACUGACCAAUCAACUCACAACUCAUCGUCAUGUCUACAUCAUUAUCUGCCUCUACGGAAGCAGGAGACGACACAAAAAGAACGAGAAGUUUACUUUCAUUCUGAUAUCCCAGAACCAAUGAUCUUCUUCGUCCUUUACACUUAUGGUGGCCGCUGGUGAAGCUCGUGAUGAAAAGCUUAAGCCCGGGUCAUUGUCUAUACAGUAGACCAUAUCUGACAUUUCAGUAACCAUAUGUCUGUAUCAAUCAAUCUGUGCUGAUUUCCUCAACACGUUUUGACCAUGAAAUCAGCAAGUUAAUGACAGACACUAUAUCGUAAUUGACAAGCAAUGAAAAAGGUUGAGGCAACGCAAUUGUAAUGUAGCCCAGAAAGUUUCCCGUGAGAAUAAUCAUUUCGUAGAUCUAUACGCCUACAUGUGGGGCAACAUUUUUGCUCUGCAUCAGCUGUUAUUGUAAAUUUUAAUGAUAUAUGUCAGAUCCCCAAAUAUAACAGCCAACGCAAACGUAUAACCUAUUCAAAAAAAUUAACUUACUGCUUUUAUAACUGGAUUAUUAAAUUACAGGUGAAACAUAGCUUUUGAAAUGCAUUCAUGUAUUUGCCAUGCGUGCAUUUCCAAGGGCAGGAGUAGUCAUGUUUGCUUGUCUGGUUCGACUGCGACUUUCAGUCAGGAGGUUUAUCUCUGUCAUGUUUGCUUGUCUGGUUCUGCUGCGACUUUCAGUCAGGAGGUUUUUCCUUGUCAUGUUUCCUUGUCUGCUUUGGCUGCGACUUUCAGUCAGGAGGUUUAUUAUCAGGUACCUGGUACAGGGCGGUAGUUUACUCAGAGCGCUCAGGUUUUCU